UCAACUGUUAAAUAUAUGUCAAAUUGUCAAUCACGUCAUUCUGAUUAAAGCGGUUCAACUGAACGCUUGUUCAGAAUGUUUGUUUUUACGAUUUUAUGUAUUUUCAUCGGUUCCACAUUAGGAUAUGUGGACAAAGAUACUCCGCCGCAAUGGAGCAGCGUAUAUACCGUUAAAGGAUUGCUAAAUAUACCUUAUGCAGAGCUGCACGAACCAUUUUACGCUUGGUUCGACAGUAAAAAUGGCAAAUCCCGUAUCGACUACUAUGGCGCAAUGGUCAAGACUUACCAAAUGUCCCAGUCAACGUAUCCGCAAUAUGGCACAUCUAUUAAGAUAGCACCAGUGACAACUGAGAAGGUGCUCAACCAUGAAACAUGUCUCCAAGUCAACGGAACCAGUGACGAGAGCAUCAAGAUACAAUCUGUGCUACCGGACAUGACCGAUUUCAAAUUUAUUGGUUCAGAAACAAUGCAAGAUUCUGACACAUCAAAAUGGCGUAUGGUUCAGACGAUCGGUGACAAGAUCAACAAAUACACUAUGUGGGUUAAGUUCAGGAAGAGUCUGAGGGGAGAAGCCGUCGCUAUUCCCGUCAGGUACGAAAUGAAAGGCUUCAAUUCGCUGCUUGGCUCCCACUACGACCAUUACUACAUCGACUACAGCGAUUAUGAUGUGAAUGAUAUCGACCAGGACGUGUUCCACGUGGACUCAGGUUUUCAAUGCACUUCGUUCCCCGGGCCCGGCUCCCGCCACUUCGCCACCUUCAACCCGAUGAAGGAGUUCGUGCACCCUGUACACGACGCUCACGUCGCUGAUGAGUUCGAGAGAUUCAAGAUGAAGCACAAUAAACAAUACGCGUCCGAAGUUGAACACACUACCAGAAUAAACACCUUCAGGCAGAAUCUCAGGUUCAUCCACUCCACCAACCGCGCGCGGCGCGGCUUCACGGUGUCGGUCAACCACCUCGCCGACCGCUCCGACGACGAGCUGGCGGCGCUGCGCGGCCGCCGCUACUCCGGCCCCAACGCGCUCGGUCUACCCUUCCCCUACGGAAAUGCUGAGUUGGAGGAGAUGAGCUCUAAGUUACCUCCGGAGAUGGAUUGGAGGCUGUUCGGUGCCGUUACCCCCGUUAAAGACCAGUCGGUGUGCGGCUCGUGUUGGUCGUUCGGCACGGUGGGGGCUGUGGAGGGCGCUCUGUUCCUGCACAACGGUGGACAUCUCGUGAGACUCAGUCAGCAGGCGCUCGUCGACUGCUCCUGGGGUUUUGGUAACAAUGGCUGUGAUGGCGGAGAAGAUUUCAGAGCGUACCAGUGGAUCAUGAAACACGGUCUGCCCACCGAGGAAGACUAUGGCGGUUAUUUGGGACAGGACGGCUACUGUCACAUCGACAACGUGACCCUCGUGACGUCCAUCAAGGGCUGGGUCAACGUCACUGCCAAGAAUGAGAAUGCUCUAAAGUUGGCGAUUUUCAAACAUGGACCGAUAUCAGUUGCCAUCGACGCUUCUCACAAGACUUUCAGCUUCUAUUCCAAUGGAGUCUACUACGAACCUAAAUGUAAAAAUGAAGUAGAUCAAUUAGAUCACGCCGUCUUGGCCGUCGGCUUCGGAGUCCUCAACGGGCAGAAGUAUUGGCUGAUUAAGAAUUCCUGGUCGAAUCUCUGGGGUAACGACGGCUACGUCCUCAUGGCGAUCAAGGAUGACAACUGUGGCGUCCAAGCCGCGCCCACUUACGUCCUAAUGUAGAUCGAAAUACUAAGAGAUUAUUUUUUUAUGUAUAUUAUGCUAAGCUAUAUUAACAAUGCGGUCCUAAUUAUAAAGAUUUAUUAGCGUGUGAUUAGUUAAAUACUGUUUUGUCUCUAUCGGGCACCAUUGAUUUGACAUUCGUUAGAAAGAGACAGCGUUUAACUCAACACUCUCUAAAGAACAUUUUUAAAGUAAUGUCGUUGGUUUUUAAAAAAGACUUAAGAGCAAUUUGAAUUAAGAAGAUCUCUUUUAAAAAUGAUAUGCAACCGUUAUAUUAUUGUGAAGUGAUUUUUUCUUUAUUAAUUUCUUAUACAUUCCUAUACCAUUCGAUGUGCGAUGUAUCAUGUAACCUGUGCGUAACGUUUCUGACCGUAUCGGUUAAUUGCAGGGCCGGUUCUACCAUAUGGCUUUUUGGGCUUCAGCCCAGGGCCCCGUGGAUUCAAGGGCCCCCAGCUAAGUCAAGUCAAAGUCAAAAAAAGACGAUAAUGCGAAAGAAUUCAUAACUUUCUUAAAUUAAACAGAUCGCAUGGCUUGCAGCCCUGUGAGUCCUGCAAUUAAUCAAACCCAUUCAAUUAAUUUAAUUGCAUCGAAUUGUGCAUAUUAUUUUAAAGACCGUUCAUUUGUAACAGGUACAGUCACUAUGAAAAUGGUUUUCACUUUUAAAUCUUUUUAGUAUGGAAUAUGUCUGUAUAAUAAGGACCAAUUCAUUAUUAAAACGAUUUAAAAAUGCAUAGCAUGGCCGAAAUUUGGUGUAAGUUAAUAUGGACGUCACGUAUAACACGAUGUUAGUUAAACAUAAUUGGUUAUAGGAUUUGUUUGUUUUUUAAAUCGAUACAAUGUUGGUCAAGUCGCUGACAUGACAGACAAUAAAAGUUAACAUGGCGACUAAUAUCUGAAUAUAUAAAUAUAAGAAAUAGAUUAUCAAUUAGUGUGUUAAUUUUUUUUAUAUAUUGUAUCCAGUUAUUGAUUGAAAAAGUUACAUUAAGAGUUUAAGAAUCUCAUUGAAUGCUUAAUAUAAGCUACGAAUAUUAAGGCUGUGUUUCAAUUAUGCUCUCUAGAAAUGCUAUCAUUAUAUUAAGGUAAUUUUUUUUUAUAAAAACAUCAAUACAUAUCGGAAUAUCAGAGGAACGUUCCAGAAGAUUUUUAAAUUUAGAAUGAAAUGUCACAUAAUCUGAGUUGUCAUUAUCGAUGGCUUUUAUAAUUUUCGUAUUAUUUAAAUAAAGAAUAAUAUGUGAAUGA